CGCUCCUGUGACGUCACGCGCGCGCCGCUCGCUGAAGGCUUUCCACACCCAUUCCGGUGCUUCUCUGUCUCUCUCUUUCCGGACGGGGCCGGGCAGGAGUCGCCAUCAUGGGAGUCGACAUUCGCCACAACAAGGACCGGAAGGUUCGGCGCAAGGAGCCCAAGAGCCAGGACAUCUACCUGAGGCUGCUGGUCAAGCUGUACAGGUUCCUGGCCAGGCGCACCAACUCCACCUUCAACCAGGUGGUGCUGAAGAGGCUGUUCAUGAGCCGCACCAACCGGCCGCCCCUGUCCCUGUCGCGGAUGAUCCGGAAGAUGAAGCUCCCCGGCCGGGAGAACAAAACCGCCGUGGUCGUGGGGACCGUCACGGACGACGUGCGGGUCCAGGAGGUGCCCAAGCUGAAGGUGUGCGCCCUGCGCGUGACCAGCCGUGCCCGCAGCCGUAUCCUCAAGGCCGGGGGCAAGAUCCUCACCUUCGACCAGCUGGCCCUGGACUCCCCCAAGGGCCGCGGCACCGUCCUGCUCUCCGGUCCCCGCAAGGGCCGAGAGGUGUACCGGCAUUUCGGCAAGGCCCCCGGAACCCCACACAGCCACACCAAACCGUACGUGCGCUCCAAGGGCAGGAAGUUCGAGCGCGCCAGAGGCAGACGGGCCAGCCGGGGCUACAAGAACUGACCCUGCGAACCGCGCUGUUAAUAAACUUGUUUUGGAUGCCGA